GCAUCUGUAGUCUGGAAGAGAGAUACGAGAUUGUUUAACAGACAGAAACACAGCGCGCGUAAAUAUAGUACGAUAGAAGUCUGGGGUCUAAACGAACACCUGCUUCGUACUGGAUUGCAUAUAAUCUGUACAUAUUUAAAUAUAUUUUUCUUUAAAAAAAUGGAUGCUGCAAUUUUCCAAAUCCUUAUUGAUGAGUUUGAUCCCAACUGCAGCCUAAAUAAUGCCUGGCAGGACAAUUUCUUUGAAAGUGCAUCGUUUUCCUUUGUGGAUUUUGAUGGUCUAUAUUGUAAUGCCACGACUGAUCAGAUAGGAACUUGCUGGCCAAAGAGUAAUGUGGGUCAACUGGUGGAACGGCCGUGCCCAGAGUUUUUCAAUGGGGUUAAAUACAACAGCACCAGAAAUGCAUACAGGGAAUGCAUAGAAAAUGGAACUUGGGCCUCAAGGAUCAAUUAUUCACAGUGUGAACCCAUUUUGGAGGACAAGAGAAAAUAUCCAAUGCACUACAAUAUCGCCCUGAUAAUAAACUACCUUGGACAUUGUAUAUCGGUUGGGGCUCUUAUUGUGGCCUUUGUGCUUUUCUUGUGCUUGAGGAGCAUCAGAUGCCUUCGGAACAUUAUCCAUUGGAACCUGAUCACCACAUUCAUCCUAAGGAAUGUUAUGUGGUUCCUUCUCCAGAUGAUUGACCAUAAUAUACAUGAGAGCAAUGAGCCCUGGUGUCGUCUUAUCACAACUAUAUACAAUUAUUUUGUCGUGACAAAUUUCUUUUGGAUGUUUGUUGAAGGAUGUUACCUACACACGGCUAUAGUGAUGACCUAUUCCACAGACAAACUGAGAAAAUGGGUGUUUCUCUUCAUUGGAUGGUGUAUUCCUUGUCCAAUCAUAGUGGCCUGGGCUAUUGGCAAGCUGUAUUAUGAAAAUGAGCAAUGCUGGUUUGGGAAGGAACCUGGAAAGUAUAUUGACUACAUCUACCAAGGCCCAGUGAUUCUUGUACUUUUGAUAAACUUUGUUUUCCUGUUUAACAUUGUGAGGAUCCUUAUGACAAAGCUGAGAGCAUCAACCACUUCUGAAACAAUACAAUACAGGAAAGCAGUGAAGGCCACUUUAGUCCUUUUGCCACUGCUUGGAAUUACCUACAUGCUAUUCUUUGUGAAUCCAGGGGAAGAUGAUAUCUCACAAAUAGUUUUCAUAUAUUUUAAUUCCUUUCUACAGUCCUUUCAGGGUUUCUUUGUGUCAGUAUUUUACUGCUUUCUCAAUGGGGAGGUUCGUUCAGCUGCAAGAAAAAGGUGGCACCGAUGGCAAGACAACCAUGCCCUUCGAGUGAGAGUGGCCAGAGCAAUGUCCAUCCCCACUUCACCAACGCGGAUCAGCUUCCACAGCAUAAAGCAGACGACAGCUGUUUGAUCCCCUGAUCCGCCUAUGGCCUUUAGAGUGUUUUUGCGCUGUGUUCUGGUUCUUUCUUUUUUUAUCAUUAUUAUAAGCCAGAGGAGGUAACCUGUGGUGUUUGUGAACUGCUCUGCAUUUUGUAAAAAACGAGGGGGAAAAAAGCAUAUAUGGAACCCAGAAUAGGGUUAAUAUCUGAGAACAUUAAAAAAAGAAAAGAAAAUUCAGCUGGAACGUUUAGUUAAAUGGUGAAGCACAGAAAUUCCAGAGUGCUGGAGGCUAUUCUUAUUUUUUAACCAUUUCUUGUCUCACUUUACUGCGCUGAAUAUUUUUGUUUGGCUUCUCAGUUUGAAGGAGUGUUUAGUGAUCUCUGUUGUAAUAACUACUUGAUAUUGGGCUAUAUUCACAAAGCUGAACUCAUGAGAUAUUUAAAGUUUGUUUUUCUGAAAAAAAACCAAGGUUGAUAUACCUGAAACUGUUCUGGAUUAUUGAUGGUGUCAUUAACAACAGUAAAGAACAGAUUUACAAAUAUCAAACUUUAUUUUAUUCAUUGAAAUAUUAUUUAAAUGACUUUUGACUUAAAGCUUUGUGAAUAGAGCCCAUCGUCAUUUACAAGUAGAUGGUAUCCAGAUUUAAAGUGGGGUUUGGAUGAUCAGAUUUGUUAUCUGCUUCAGCCACAUGACAAUACAGCUGGACUGAUUCUUAGAGGAAGUGUCAAUUACCUUUUUUAUUUGACUAGCUUGAAAUUGGUUGGUCCUCACAAGAGCUCUUUUGAAUCCAUGCAUUUCUAGCAGAGAUAUAACUUAUUGUAAAUAACCAAUACAGGAUGAACUAAUAACCAAUUUCAGGAUGGACUAAUUUGUCAUGUUUGUUUCCAUUGGCAGCAGACCAAGAUACAAUUGUGUUUAAUUGAGAUUAUCAGCCCCAGUUUCCAAUAGACUGAAGGUGUAAAUACAGUAUGGAGGCAAGUGUCAACCCUCAAACUGUAGAAAAAGUGAGAACAUCAAAAAACAAUGUUGAGCAAGCCAACAGCUGACAACGUGGAUCAUCCUGUUGCAAAUUGGAUUUUAAUCUGCCAACAGAACAAGCGGCAUCCCAGAUUGUACAUUGAAAUGAGUCGAGAUCCCCUUCUUCUGCCCAGAUUCAUGGUGAAGUUUUUAUAGGUUAAUACAUUGUUUGUAGGAUGGAUGUUAUUACUUACGACAUGCUACAUUGUGUAGUUUGGGAGAGAAGACCACAAAGCGAAGCUGAGAUCAAAUUGUGUCUCUUACAAUAAGUGACACCCUACACAAUGUAACUUAUAAAUUAUAGAAAAAAAGAUUGUUUUAAGGAACUGCUAUUAGUCAUUAAAACAGUGUUUAGAAUUGCACAAAUGUUCCUUGAACAGGGUGAUAUCUGUACACAGUAAGAUGCACUGGAAUUUGUUUAUAUAAUGGAGAAAGUACAAUUAAAAUCCCUAAAUUACAGGGUAUACCUGGACACCAUUCCUACUGUAUGUAUUGUAAUAGAGUGUUCAAAUAGUUUGUCAUUUCUAGUGCUUUUUUUUGGCACAGUAUUUGAUUUCACAGUACCUAUAUAUAUAUAUAGAGAGAGAGAGAGAGAGAGAGAGAGAGAGAGAGAGAGAGAGAGAGAGAGAGAGAGAGAGAGAGAGAGAGAAUGAAUAAUAGAUAGGCUUCAGGGAGUUAAAGGAAAAUAAUUCCAUCUCGGGUUUAUGUGACGUCAUAAACUAUGAGACCGUUAGGUCGAGUGCUUUAUAAACAGAAACCCGAGAUGGAAUUAUUUUUCUUUAACUCACUGAAGUCUAUUAUUUUUUAUAAUACAUGGAUAUUAGUAUAAUAAUAAUGUACAUUAAGUCAGUAUUAAAGAAUCUUAAAUAUAAUUUUCUUUUUGAUAAUUCAGAAACAGUGAAUUAGAUAAUGAACUGCAAAAAAAAAAAAAAAAAAGAAGUAUUUUUAAGGAAAAUGUGUUUCAAUGGGGUGUGCUUUUUUUGUAUUAUUAAUCGAAGAUUUGUGUCUUUCGCUUGGUUGGUGCUCCCGUUGAUGAAGGAUGAUUGUAAAUCCUCACAGAGACAGAUUUGUUAAGUAUCUAAAAAACAAAAAUUGUGGGUGUUGUCUAGUGAUUGAAAUUUUGAAAGUCAUUGACAGGAAUCUCUUUAAUUUUCUGUUCCUCUCCAGUGUCUCUGAGAUACGAAUGUACCAGCUUUACAUCAAAUUAUUAUUGUUAUUUUUUUUUAACGUAUUCUCAUUUUGUUGAUCAUUAAUGAACAUUUCUCUGCUGUGGGUGUUGUCGAGUGAUUGAAAACAAGACAUUUUGUGUUUGAAUUGAAAGUGGUCUAGAGGAGUUUAAUGGGUCAAAGUUCAAGUGUAUUUUCCUCUACAGCAGGGGUUCGCUAGAUUAUGUUUUGUUGGAAAAUAAUAAUAAAAAAAAAGUUGUUUGACUAAUUCAAAUUUCGCUGCAGAUGGAUUUAUUUUCAUGAGUUUUCUUUUGGUUAAGUGGCGCAGCUGCACCCCGUUUUUUUUUUUUUUUUUGAGGGAGGGGUUGUUGUUGCAAGCCAAUUGAAUGUGAUUUUGCAAGUUGUAUUUGGUUGUACAGAGUAGUGGCGAAAAAAGUAACUUCUGCAAGGCUCUCGUUUCCUUCUGUAUUGAGCACAUUCGUUUUUUGUGCAUGACAGUUUAACGUGAAAGGUAACGGCUGGACGUUUUAGUUACACAGUGUUCAGAAAUUAGGAUUUAAGAGUUAUGUUUCUGUGCACGUUGUCUGGUUUUACUCAAAAGUGAUUCCUGUUCAGGUAUUUAUGAAUGAGUAAUAAGAGACAUGCACUUCUUUUGUUUGAUGACCAACAAAAAUAACUGCAUUUCUAAAAUUUAAAUUAUACAAAAUGUAAUGGUUUUAAUAAAAUGUAUUUUAUUUAGUAAAAUUAAAGUGUUUCAAAAAAUGUUAUAUUCACUCAUAUUCUAUGUGAUUUCCAUCUUUCACAAUAUUUAUUAAAAUGAAUAAAGGACAGUUUAGAGUAGGUGUAUUUAUAAUGUUACAGGUUUAAACAUAUAAAAUGUUUUUAAUUUGACAUGUUCCCAAAGUGUGCUAAUAGUGGGCUGCAGUGCCUAAUGCAGCUGAACAGGUGGGUCUUGGGUAAAAAAGUUUGGCAACCCCUGCUGUAGAGGAAUUAUCACAUUUUGACGUCACUACUGUGCUAUUAUGCCUUUUUUUCGAAUGGCUCAGGAUGCAAAUAUAGCCUUCAUUAAUGUAUUUAGCUCUCUCUCUCUCUCUCUCUCUCUCUCUCUCUCUCUCUCUC